AACUACACUUCACAUGAGAAGGGAUUUCUAACAACACAAGAUCGAGGAUAUUCUAAUCUAAUAUCGAGAACAGCAUCGGCAUACAUCAACAAAUACAGUAGCAAUGAGUUUGAAAGCCUUCACUCAAGUGAAAGUCUAUGAAAAACUUCCCAACCCUAAAGAAAAAGACAAAUUCAGCAUCCAUAGCCUGGAGUGUUAUGACAGAAAUAUAUACAUUGGAACCAAAGACUCAUUGGUCCAACACCUUAUCCUACCCAGCAGCAGUGACACGAAGGAAUCCAGUCAAAGUCCUCGGGAGGGGAGGAUGAAACUGCUAGGCUCAAGCAGCCCAGUCACCCAAUUAAGGGUGAUACCAGUUCUGAAUCACCUUCUGGUUCUGUGGGAUCGUUCCGUUAGCGCCCUCAACAUGUUCUCCCUAGAACCCCUUCCUUUUCUGAAGCGGAUCCAACACGUGUCUUUCUUUGAGGUGUGUGAAUCGGCACUGUCAACCUCAUCGCAGUCUGUGUGUGUGGAGCUGGUGACAGCCUCUAGCAGGAGCAGAGUGGUCCGGAUCCAUGUUGUGGGGGUGGAGAGAUGGGAUUGUGUUAAAGAGGUGUCUCUACCCCAGGACCCUGUGGCCUUAGCUGUGGAUGAUAAUACUUUGUGUGUGGCCACCAGUGACAGGUAUUUCCUCCACGACCACAAGAGUGGAUGCACCGUUGAUCUCUUCCCUCACAACCUGAGCAGGCAGAAUAUCAUUGUGAGCACCGCAGGAAAAGGGGAAUUCCUUUUAAAUGGGCCCGGCUCCUUGGGCAUGUUUGUCAUGAAGAAUGGCAUAUGCCAGCGGCCUCCAGUGCAGUGGUCUGAGGAGCUGUUGGCAGCGGUGGUGUGUUACCCUUACAUCCUGGCCCUGCAGCCUCAGGCUCUCUAUGUCUACAGUAUGGUGGAUCAGCAUCUCAAACAGACUGUGCCUCUGCUUAGGGCCAGGGGCCUACUCUCAACAACAGAGGGUGUGUACAUUUUUAUGGAGAGAGAGAUCCUCGGUUUGUCCCAUGUACCAUUUGAGGAGCAGAUCCAAACCCUGGUAAGGUAUGAGAGAGUGGAGGAGGCAUUGGGACUGCUUGGUGGAGUUCAAGCUCAUCUUCCACAGGUUUCUUACAAGGAGCUGCAUAAGAUCAUCACUUGCAUGGAUGGAUUCAUUCAAUUCUACCAGGGGUCUUUUUCAGAGGCCAAAGAACUUUUUAUCAAAGGGGAGUUGGACCCUAGAGAAAUCAUCAGCUUGUAUCCAGAGAUGGAACCACUCUGUGAGACCUUUCAUUCCCAGCUGGUCAAAGUGAACAAUGCAAAGGAGCUCUUGGCACUACGGCAAGAGGACAGGACCACAUUUCAACAGUAUCUAGACUUCCUGGACGAUUUCCUAAGGGUGGUUCGAGGAACGAAGCAGGGAGUUGAGUGCAGUGAGGAUAUCGAUACUGCACAACUGAGAAUGUACACAGAGCAAGGUGACAGAGUAGACCUGGAUGCACUUGUGUCCUCUCCCAAUUCCUGCUCAAUCGACAAAUGUGUGCCUCUCCUUGAGCUGCACAAGAGAUAUUUCACACUUGGAUUACUCUACCAGAGUCAUGGUCACCAUAUCAAAGCAAUCCAGACUUGGGUGAAAAUUACUGAUGGGCAAUAUGAAGACAGCUCAUGUUCAAAUGUGUAUGAGCACAUUGUGAGAACUCUCAGUCGACUAAAACAGAGAGACGUUGUUUGGACGUUUGCAGACUGGGCUCUCCAAAGAAACCAGGAGGUUGGAAUACAGAUUUUCACAAAAAGACAUCCAGAAGACCAAGACACAUUUGCACAGGAGGAUGUCCUCACUUUUUUAAAGAAGUACUCUCUAGCUUUGAUGUUGUUCCUGGAAUUUCUGGUCCAUGAUUUGAAAAGCAAGAAGGAGAAGCAUCAUACCCUUUUGGCCACUGCAUAUGUCACCCAUAUACUCGGAGCCUUACAGAAUGGAAAGGGUACGGAUUCAGAUGGAGGAAUGACCAGAGAUAAACUGCAACAGUUGCUGUGGCAGUCUUCCCACUAUGACACCAUGACAGUACAUGAGGCCAUCCAGCCGACAGUCCUGCACACCGAGCAGGCCAUCCUGCUCGGGAGAGCUGGUGACCACUAUCAGGCCCUACAGACCUUGGUCCACAAAGAGAGAGACCUCCAGGUUGCAGGGGCCUACUGCAGGAGGGCUGCUGGGUGGCAGGAAAGGGAACUGGAACACACCCUUUUCCUCACCCUGCUCCAGAUCUACAUGGGCUCCAAUGAGCUAGCGAGUGCGGCCGUGGACCUGUUGAAUGCCAACGCUGCUGUUUUUGACCUGGAUACAGUCCUCCAGGUUCUGCCGGAUUCCUGGUCUGUUCAGCUGGUCUCCCCGUUCCUGUUGGGGUCCCUUCGAGGGACUUUCCAUCAAAGACGAAUGGCAGGGGUAGAGAGGGGCCUGGCCCAGGUAGAACUCCUUAGACACAAGUACACUUGGGCCCAAGCCUCAAAAAGAAUGCUGAAAUUGGAUAAGGGUCUGGUGUGCAAUACCUGCCAGAAGGAUCUCACAGAGCCAGAGUUUGUGUGUAGUCUUAGGGGUGAGCUGGUUCACACUGACUGUGGAAGCUACACAGAAUAGCUUCCACAAAUCCAAUGCAAGUCAAUGGUACCUAUAUUAGCAUUUUCUCAUUUCACUUCAAAAUCCUCUAUAAGCAACUUCAUUCAGUUACACAAUCCAUUUUUAGAUACUUUAGGAUGAUUUGGACAUAACGUGUGGAAAUUAUAAUAAUUAUAGGUACCAUUGUUUUUUUAUUGAACCUUUAUUUAACUAGGCAAGUCAGUUAAGAAUAAAUUCUUAUUUACAAUGACGGCCUACUUGGGAACAGUGGGUUAACUGCCUUGUUCAGGGGCAGAACGACAGAUUUUUACCUUGUCACCACGGGGAUUACGAUCCAGCAACCUUUCGGUUACUGGCCCAACACUGUGACCACUAGGCUACCUGCCGCCCCAAAUCCAAUUAUUUGCAUUGAAUUUGUGCCACAAUUGUUAAAAAGUUAGCAUUUGAAACUUUGGCCAGUGAAACAAAGCCAAAGCAUGGAUUGCUGUCAUACGUUGUUGAUAGACUGCUUACAGGGAAAUAACUAAUAUGCCAUUUUGCAAUUAGGAUAAACUAGAUGGUUAAAUUUUAUUUUGGGCCGUGAUACGAGGAUAUUCAGGCGAGAAAAAUCCUCACCCAAAUGUAUAUCCCGUUGGAAAAUAUAAAUGUACUGUUUAAAAAUGUGUCGAAUUAAAAAAAAAAAAUAUAUAUAUAUAUAUAUAUAUAUAUAUAUAUAUAUAUAUUUAAAAUAUGAAUCACAUUUUUAUUUGGCGUACCCCCGACGGCAUUGCGCGUACCUACCCCAGUUCGGGAAUACCUGCUCUACACUGAUUGAAGUGGAUUUAACAGGUGACGUCAAUAAGGGAUAAUAGCUUUCACCUGGAUUCACCUGGUCAGUCUAUGUCAAGGAAAGAGCAGGUGUUCUUUCUUAAUGUUUUAUAUACUCAGUGUGUAAUAUUUAUUGCAUUACUAACAGUGUCUGUGGACUCAGUGUAGUACUCCAAUUUAAGGACCAUUCACCAGGCGGCAGACCGUUGGACUAGUAACUGAAAGGUUGCAAGUUCGAAUCCCCGAGCUGACAAGGUACAAAUCUGUCGUUCUGCCCCUGAACAGGCAGUUAACCCACUGUUCCUAGGCCGUCAUUGAAAAUAAGAAUUUGUUCUUAACUGACUUGCCUAGUAAAAUAAAGGUAAAAUUAAAAACACAUUCCUCAAUUAGAGUAAUGUAAAUAAAAUGUUUAAAUAACUGAAUUAUACAAUAACUUGUUUGAGGAAAUACACCAUUGCCCAUGAUACAGCACGCAAUGCACAUGUUCACUGUGGUAUGUCUAAACCGUUUCCUUUAAAACCAUAGACAGCAAUAGUUAUAAUGUAAAUCCACAUUGAGGACACUGUGGGACAUACUGUAUUCAAUGAUCAGACUGAUAUUUUGAAUAUGGAAACCACAAAGGGUAGAAUUUGGCCAUCCUGAAAGAAAUUUGACCAUUUGGCCAUCCUGUCUUGCUCUAUGUCUCCACCCUCAAUUUCCACUGUGUACAUUUACAUAUGAAGAUGGAAAUAGAAUGUUUGGUGUGUAAACAACCAUAUGCAUGUGAAAGUUUUCUACUGUAGUUACUGUGUACAGUCGUGGCCAUAAGUUUUGAGAAUGACACAAAUAUUAAUUUUCACAGUCUGCUGCCUCAGUUUGUAUCAUGGCAAUUCCAGAAUGUUAUGAAGAGUGAUCAGAUGAAUUGAAAUAAAUUGCAAAGUCCCUCUUUGCCAUGCAAAUUAACUGAAACCCCAAAAAGCAUUUCCACUGCAUUUUAGCACGGCCACAAAAGGACCAGAUGACAUCAUGUCAGUGAUUCUCUUGUUAACACAGGUGUGAGUGUUGACGAGGACAAGGCUGGAGAUCACUUUGUCAUGCUGAUUGAGUUCGAAAAACAGACUGGAAGCUUCAAAUGCAGGGUGGUGCUUGGAAUCAUUGUUCUUCCUCUGUCAACCAUGGUUACCUGCAAGGACACACGUGUUGUCAUCAUUGCUUUGCACAAAAAGAGCUUCACAGGCAAGGAUAUUGCUGCCAGUAAGAUUGCACCUAAAUCAACAAUUUAUCGGAUCAUCAAGAAAUUCAAAGAGAGCAGUUCAAUUGUUGUGAAGAAGGCUUCAGGGCGCCCAAGAAAGUCCAGCAAGCGCCAGGACUGUCUCCUAAAGUCGAUUCAGCUGCGGGAUCGGGCCACCACCAGCACAGAGCUUGCUCAGGAAUGACAGCAGGCAGGUGUGAGUGCAUCUGCACGCACAGUGAGGCGAAGACUUUUGGAGGAUGGCCUGGUGUCAAGAAGGGCAGCAAAGAAGCCACUUCUCUCCAGGAAAAACAUCAGGGACAGACUGAUAUUCUGCAAAAGGUACAGGGAUUGGACUGCUGAGGAUGGGGUAAAGUCAUUUUCUCUGAUGAAUCUCAUUUCCGAUUGUUUGGGGCAUCUGGAAAAAAGCUUGUCCAGAGAAGACAUGGUGAGCGCUACCAUCAGUCCUGUGUCAUGCCAACAGUAAAGAAUCCUGAGACCAUUCAUGUGUGGGGUUGCUUCUCAGCCAAGGGAGUGGGCUCACUCACAAUUUUGCCUAAGAACACAGCCAUGAAUAAAGAAUGCUACCAACACAUCCUCUGAGCGAAACUUCUCCCAACCAGUUUGGUGAUGAACAAUGCCUUUUCCAGCAUGAUGGAGCACCUUGCUAUAAGGCAAAAGUGAUAACGAAGUGGCUCAGGGAACAAAACAUCGAUAUCGACCUUAAUCCCGUUGAGAACUUGUGGCCAAUCCUCAAGAGUCGAGUAGACAAACAAAAACCCACAAAUUCUGACAAACUCCAAGCAUUGGUUAUGCAAGAAUGGGCUGCCAUCAGUCAGGAUAUGGCCCAGAAGUUAAUUGACAGCAUGCCAGGGCAGAUUGCAGAGAUCUUGAAAAAGAAGGGUCAACACUGCAAAUAUUGACUCUUUGCAUCAACUUCAUGUAAUUGUCAAUCAAAGCCUUUGACACUUAUGAAAUGCUUGUAAUUAUACUUCAGUAUUCCAUAGUAACAUCUGCCAAAUAUUUCUGAAGACACUGAGGCAGCAGACUUUGUGAAAAUGGACAUGGCUGAAAAUAAAAGUGUUAAUUGCUCAAUAUUAAGGAAAUACUCAUUUAUGUAGCAAAUUAAUUGUUCAAAAAUAAAAAUUCAUUGUGUUUCGAACACUAAAUACGG